AUGGCGGAGGAGGAACAGCAGAGGUGCUUACGGGAGGAAAGGCAAGCAAGAGAACGUCAGACCAGGGAGAUGAUGGAGCGCGAAAGAGCGCAAGCGCAGGAGGAAAGACGGAUGAAGGAGGAGGCCGAGCGCCGGAGGGCACAACAAGCGGCGCAGAAAGCCAGAGAGGAGGCCGAGCGGCAACGGGCAAGGCAAGAACAGCAGAUUUUGCUACAAGCCAGGGAGGAGGAGAUGCGCCGAGCCAGAGAUGAAGCAAAAAAGGAACAAGAAUGGGAGCGCAGAGCCAGGGAAGUGAGAGAACGCCAGGCCAGGGAGGAGGCCGAGCGCAAGGCCAGGGAGGAGGCCGAGCGCAAGGCCAGGGAGGAGGCCGCGAGCGCGAGGCCAGGGAGGAGGCCGAGCGCAAGGCCAGGAGGAGCCGAGCGCAAGGCCAGGGAGGAGGCCGAGCGCAAGGCCAGGGAGGAGGCCGAGCGCAAGGCCAGGGAGGAGGCCGAGCGCGAGGCCAGGGAGGAGGCCGAGCGCAAGGCCAGGGAGGAGGCCGAGCGCAAGGCCAGGGAGGAGGCCGAGCGCGAGGCCAGGGAGGAGGCCGAGCGCAAGGCCAGGGAGGAGGCCGAGCGCAAGGCCAGGGAGGAGGCCGGUGGACGCCAAUGGAAUGAAACCCUUGUCGUGGAUGAUGCAAAUGAUUUUUCAUCCUCUUUGCGUUUUAGCGUUUUCAAGUGCAUCAUAACAAUUGGACAACAAUCGAGGAAAGGGGUCAUCAAGGUAGCCAAGGAGAAAGAAGCAGAUGAUUUGCUUCGGCACGAUUGGGAUGUAUACAAGAAGCUUGUCAACCGAAGUUCCUCUGCUCAUGACUACAUCGUUGAAUGCCUUCAUGCAGAAGGAUCUUGUGCUGGCUUCUUCGCUCUUGUCACUGAGCGUGCCAAACGAUCGCUGGCAGGUUGGAUGUCAGAGGCCUCGCUCAACGCUCACAAGGCUCAUCGCCAGGGGAUCAUAAGGCAGCUUGGCUGGAUCGUAGGGUUCAUGCACGAGUGCGGGUUGGUCUGGAUGGGGAUCAGUGCAGACAACUUUCUGGUCUUCAGUGACUUGAGGAUCAAGGCAACUAACUUCACUUACGCUGGUGAGGUUGGGUCCCUGGCAAACCACGCUGACGAUGCUGCCUGCUGCUUCGUUGCUCCCGAGUUGCUCAAGGAUGCAACAUGCAGGCAGAGGCUCACCUUCGAGAUGGACGCAUGGUCCUUCGGAGUGACUGCAUUCCAAGUCUUCACGCGCAGGGAUUUGUACUCUUGUCUUGGACUGUCUGAUCCUGUUGAGAUCUCGCAGUUUUGGGAGGGUGGGAAUGAAAGGAUUUUGCAAGAGCGGGUCGCGCAUGAGUUCACAGGUUUACAGACUGACCAGCAGGUUCUGAGGUUUCUGCUCGGACGAGAUGGAGUUGGAGGUGUUCUGAGAGAGGACCCUUCAAGACGAAGGACGGUCUUGCAAAGCCUGAAAGAGUGCUCACUCUUCACAGAGCAAGAGACAGUCAUGGGGCUGCAUGUCAAGAUAGAUCGGAUGGCUGAGAACAUGAGGCAGCUGAAGAAAGAGAUUUCGGAAAUGAAGCCUUUUAUCAAUGACGGAAUGCAAGUUUUGAUUUACCAAGCUGCCACGAAUGAAAGGAUCAACAAGGAGCUGUGCAAGCUCCGAAGCUCUCUGUCAUCAAUAUCUAAGAGGGACGGUGAUCUGAUCAAUCAAUCCCAGCAACUCUGUAGCAAAGUUGCAGGACUGUGUAAUGUUAUGCACGACAUGUCCAGACAGGUGCAGGGACACUGCUCACAACACAUGCAAGAAAUCUCACAGAGAUUCGAUUUGCUUAUCCAACAAUGCCAGCGAGGGUCGGAUGAUGAGAAGAAAGAGAUUUUAGAGAGGCUGCUAGAGCAGGUCGGGGUUAUGCAGCAACAGUUGGGCAACGUGGAAGAUCAAGUCAAUGACAUCAAGAAAAGAAUGGAGGAGGCGAUCAACGCCAGUCGGUCUGCAGUCUGGCUGCUGAAUCAGGCGUGCUUGUCGGAAGCACGAGGCAAGAUGGCGCCAUACCUGGUGUGGAUCUACCCGCAGGAAGAGGUGGAGUCGUGGAAUCCCACGGACUGGAUCACCAACAAGCUCUGCAUCAAAUUCAUCUGCCCAGUCAGUCUCAAGUUGGCCGACAAGACGUUCGAAACGUUCACGGUGAAGGAGAGCGUCCAACUGUUCGCAGAGAUGAUCCCCCCAACUCUUAAUGCCCUCAAACCGGCACUAGAAAAAGUCAGGUGGCUCAACUUGCCCCUUGCAGGCCUCUCUUCUCUGGAAUCAGAGCUGAAGAAACAAAGAGCUUUCAGCCAGAAGCUGACGGAGCUCGAAGCAGUCGACAUGAUGUCUUCAUGGGCGCAGAAGCACUUCCAAGGGGUGAGCUCGGACGCGCAGGAGCCAGAUCUCAACUGCAACAGGAAAGGAAUCAAAGCGCUGGUUCAAUUCAUGGAGUCGGUGGACAGGAACUGGACGGCAAAGACCGGGCUUCAGUUGGUGUCGGCACAAGAUGGGACAGUCGAGUGGGUCCACCCUGAAGUAGCCAAGGACUUCAAGGAGAAAGGACGGGAGAUGCUCCGAGGCCGACGGGACCAUUUGACUCUGUGA